CAGUCAGCGCGGAGCCACGGGACGGCAUGCAGGCUUGGGACUGGGCGCGGAGCGGUAGCUGGGGCUGAGCGGAGCCAUGGCGUAGGGCGCGGGGGAGCACCAUGAGCUCGGCCGAAAUCAAGAAGCCACCAGUGGCCCCCAAACCAAAAUUUGUGCUAGGACACAAAGCAGCACCUCCUCCCCCUGUUGCCCCUAAGCCGGAUAUUGGGCUUUCUGGUGUUAUGCAAACAACAAGGAAAACGAAGCCAGCGAUAGCACCAAAACCAAAGGUUCUCAAGAGCUCGUCCAUUCCAGAAGUGAAGCCUCCAUCAUCUUUAAGCAAAAGCACCAAAAGCUUAGAAGAGCACAAAGGAGAUUCUUCUGAAACUCUAGAUCACCUAAACUAUAAGAAUGGAGCCCCAGGAGAAGAUACCAGAAAUACUACUUACAUCAUACCAGUGUCUUCAUGCAAUUUUGAAUGCCUUCAUAAGCUUGGGAAUGGUGAAAGUACAUGUAAAACUCAGAUAACAUUUGAACACUUGGAACAUUUAGGGAACAUCAAACUGGGUGAACAAAAUGCAUCGCCUAUGAGAAACAGGGUACAGAGUGAAAAACUGGCAAAUAGAAAUCAUGUAGUUUUAAAGGCCAGUUUCCUGGAAGAGAAACUUAAAGAUGUUUUGACACAAAGUGUAUUUCCUAAUACCAGUCCUUUGAGGCACAGGUAUACAGAUAAACUUGAAAGAGGCAAUAACAGUGAAGUUAAAAUAGAAAUUACAGAUCUUGUACAAUCUUCUGAGUGUGAAGAAGCCACAGGUAAACAACAAAACAACCACAAUAAGAGAGCUGCUGAUGAGUUUCAAAUGACUGAAACCUGUCCUCAUUUGACUCAAAACAACUACAAUUUCUCUUGCCCGGUGGACCAAGAAAACCUGGAGAAUGUCAAAGUAAAUAGUAAUAUUGCACUUUUGGGUGGAGUUGGUAUGAAAACAGAUGGUGAUAAACAUGCAUCUUCCCCAGAAAUAUGUUCGACACCUAGCUUAAAAGUGCUUCCAGUUCCAAAACCAAGAAAAACAUGGGCUGCAUGUCUUGUACGUCAAGAUGGCAUAGAUGCGGUAGGAGAAGGAACAAGAGAACCAGUGUGUUCAGAGGGUAAUUCCUUUGGCCCUCCUGAACACAACUUUAAGAAAACUGCAAAAAUAAAUGUUAUUAGUCAGAGUGUUUCAUAUAAUGAUCAUCUGGACAAUGUGCAUCAGGCUGAUAAAUCUGAGAGAGUGCAUCCAGGGAAGGAACCUACUGACACUGAAGAGUUAGCUUCACAAAAUCUUGUUCCUCAGGUUCUGCAUGAAACUUCUAACCUGGUAGAAAAUGUUGGACAUUCCUUAGACAAGGACCUUAAUUUAAUAAAUCCUGCAGAUAAAAUAACAGAUGAUUCUAGUAUGCUGGCUGCUGUGGACAAAAGGACUAAUUUUAUAAGGACUAAUACGCUGUCCAUGAGUUUGCCUAAGCAACUCAAAUUGGCUUGCAAUCAACACUUUCCAGCCUCCAAUAGCCUUGAUAUUUCUGCACAAAAAACAGAAGAUAGAGAGAUUAAUGUAAAAGGUGAAAGUUCACCAAGGAUUGCUCCAAAAAAGCCACAAAGACACAGUUUACCCGCUGCUGGACUGCUGAAGAAAGCUGCGUCAGAGGAGCUUAUUGAGAAAAGUUCUUACGUUUCUAGUGAAGACAAAAAAUCUGAAAGUGUUCUAGAAGGAACUCGCAUAAGGCACACAUCAGCCAAAGAACAAGACCUGUCAUCUUCCUGUGAUGUACCCAAACGUGCUUCAGAGAAACCGGUCUGGAAAUUACCUCGUCCUAUUCUGCCUUUUUCAGGCAAUCCGGAGUCAUUAAAAAUGGCCAAUAUUGCUACAAGCUACGAACUUCCAACUGCUGUGACCAAGCCCAGAGCCAAAUCUCUGUCCUCUGUGGAUAUGGACAGAAUACAUAAGCCUUCCAAAGACCCUCAGAAGAAAAAUUCUUUGAAGAAGUUCCUCAAUAUGAAACUGUCAGUUUGCAUUAUGAAAAGUGACUUCCAUAAAUUUUUGUCCAAAGGAAGUCAGUCCCUGGAUGGUGCUAUAUCCAGCCUUUCUAUGGGGGAAGGGAACAGGGUUGGAAACAGCCAGAAUGUAGCAUUCACAGCAAAUGAAAAGAAAACUAAAUCUGCUAAGGCACAUUCUGUAGAAACGGGCAGCCCAGCAUCACAAAAGAAAAGACAUAGACACAGGAGUCAGCAUGAGUCAGCAAGUAGUCAAAGGACAGUGUCUUUAGAUGAGCAAAUAUUCUCUGUGGAGCAGUUAUCGCAAACAUUCUCAAAUUGUCCAGCGAGCAAUUGUGCACCAGAAUAUGGAAAUGUGCCUCACUAUGAAGAUAUCCCAGAGUAUGAGAACCUACCUUUUGCUGCAGGUUAUGCUAAAAGUCCAUGUUUUGAAUGGCAGAACUCCAGCAGUGUAGAAUACCAUGGAACACAUGUAUAUGAGGUGGAAGAACCAUACGAAGCUACAAACAACCAUUCAAGAUGUCACAGGCCCUCAGAAGAACAUCAUGAUGAUCCCAGUGUGACAAUGGGAGAUCUUCAGUCAGAUGAUGAGAUCAUGAAUAGCUCUGAUGAAGAUGAUGACACGAACUCUGAUUCCAGCAAAGGGGAACUUGAUCCUCAAGAUAAGCAGAGUAAGGCAGCUGAAAAGAAAACAAAAGUUUACCAUAUCGCUAAAGAGAUUAUGAGCUCAGAAAAAGUGUUUGUGGAUGUGCUAAAGCUCUUGCACAUUGAUUUCCGAGACGCAGUGGCACAUGCCUCCAGGCAACUUGGAAAACCAGUAAUUGAGGACAGGAUCCUGAAUCAGAUCCUUUACUACCUACCUCAGCUGUAUGAACUCAAUCGGGAUCUUUUAAGAGAAUUGGAAGAGAGACUGUCUCACUGGAUUGCUCAUCAGAGAAUUGCUGAUAUAUUUGUGAAAAAAGGACCCUACUUGAAAAUGUAUUCAACUUACAUCAAAGAAUUUGAUAAGAACAUUGCAUUGCUAGAUGAACAAUGCAAGAGGAACCCUAGUUUUGCUGCUGCUGUUAAAGAUUUUGAGAUGAGCCCUCGCUGUGCUAGUCUAGCACUCAAGCACUAUCUCCUCAAGCCAGUUCAAAGGAUUCCCCAGUACAGGCUGCUAUUGACAGAUUAUUUAAAGAAUCUUUUGGAGGAAUCUGCAGACUAUAGGGAUACUCAGGAUGCUUUGGCUGUUGUCAUAGAAGUAGCCAACCAUGCUAAUGACAUCAUGAAACAAGGAGAUAACUUUCAAAAGCUUAUGCAGAUUCAGUACAGUUUAAAUGGACACCAUGAGAUUGUACAACCAGGAAGGGUCUUCCUGAAAGAAGGAACAUUGAUGAAGCUGUCCAGGAAGGUCAUGCAGCCACGAAUGUUUUUUCUGUUUAAUGACGCCCUGUUGUAUACAACUCCAGUACAGUCUGGCAUGUAUAAACUCAACAAUAUGCUUUCAUUGACUGGAAUGAAGGUUAGAAAACCAACCCAUGAAGCUUACCAGAAUGAGUUGAACAUAGAAAGUGUAGAGCGAUCCUUUAUUCUGUCAGCGAGUUCUGCUACAGAAAGAGAUGAAUGGUUAGAAGCCAUUUCUAGGUCAAUUGAAGAAUAUACAAAGAAGAGAAUCACUUUUAACCCUAGCAGAAGUCUUGAAGAGACAGAUCCAGAGAAAGAGGAGGAGGAUAGUCCUCUUGGAUCAAAGGCUCCUAUCUGGAUUCCAGAUACCAGAGCCACUAUGUGCAUGAUCUGUACAAGUGAAUUCACAUUGACCUGGAGAAGGCAUCACUGCAGAGCGUGUGGAAAGAUCGUUUGUCAGGCCUGUUCAUUAAAUAAACAUGGCUUAGACUAUAUGAAAAACCAGCCAGCAAGAGUAUGUGAUCAUUGCUUCAGAGAACUACAGAAACAAGAUAACCAGUGCACUCCAAAGAGUGGAUCUCCAGUGACCCAUAAAUCUCCAUCCAGUGCCUUGUCAACAGUAUUGCAUAGUAUUCCAUCUGGAAGAAAACAGAAAAAAAUUCCUGCUGCUCUCAAAGAAGUGUCAGCAAAUACAGAAGACUCCACAAUGAGUGGUUAUUUGUAUAGAUCUAAGGGCAGCAAGAAACCAUGGAAACACCUUUGGUUUGUCAUUAAGAAUAAGGUGCUAUACACGUAUGCUGCCAGUGAGGAUGUAGCUGCAUUAGAGAGUCAGCCUUUACUGGGAUUCACAGUCACUGAAGUAAAGGAUGAGAACUCAGAUUCUAAAGUCUUCCAUUUGCUGCACAAAAACACUUUAUUUUAUAUAUUCAAAGCUGAUGAUCCCCAUUCAGCUCAAAAGUGGAUAGAAGCUUUUCAAGAAGGCACUGUAUUGUAGUGACUUCUUCAAUACUAUCUCAUGGUCUAAAGGAGCAAAAUGUUGAAGUAUGGUAAUAAACGGAGUAUAGCAACUCUGUUUAAAAAUAAUAUGGAAUUCUGCUAGAAUCAACCUAAACAAAAUUGUAUAUUUAUCAAAAUUAGGGAAGCUGUUGCCUUUUUUAGGUGUAAGGUCAUAUUUUUUUAAAGAAAUGUGUGUAUUUGUUUUUCAUACAAUGUGCUAUUUAUUAAAUUCCAAUGUUUACUUAAUGGUCAGAAUCAUUUCUGAGAUUCAUAUGAAAUUCCAAAGUGCCCUUGUGUUUAGAAUAGUGGAUAGCUUUGUCAGAAAACUGUUAGUAAGUUUGUAACAAAAAAAAC